UUGAUGGCUAACAGGACAGAAGUGACACAGUUCAUCCUGCUAGGACUAACUGACGCCCCAGAACUUCAGAUCCCCCUCUUUAUAGUGUUCGUUUUCAUUUACCUCUUCACUGCAGUUGGAAAUCUGGGGAUGAAUGUGAUUUUCUUGGACUCUCGUCUCCACACCCCUAUGUACUUCUUCCUUAGUAGCCUUUCCCUGGCCGACUUUGGUUACUCCUCAGCUGUCACUACCAAGGUCAUGUCUGGAUUGCUUGUAGGAGACAAGCUCAUCUCCUACAACGCAUGCGCUGCUCAGAUGUUCUUCUUUGUAGCUUUUGCCACUGUGGAAAAUUACCUUUUGGCAUCAAUGGCCUACGACCGCUAUGCAGCAGUGUGCAAACCACUCCAUUACACCACCACCAUGACAACAAGUGCAUGUGCACGCCUGGCCAUAGGCUCCUACAUUUGUGGUUUCCUGAACUCAUGUUUCCAUGUCGGGGACAUAUUCAGUCUCUCUUACUGCAAAUCCAAUGUAAUUCAUCACUUUUUCUGCGAUGUCCCAGCUGUCUUGGCGCUCUCUUGCUCUGAUAAACACCUUAGUGAAAUCCUUCUUGUUUUUAUGUCAACCUUUAAUGUCUUUUUUGCUCUUCUGGUGAUAUUCAUUUCCUACUCUUCCAUAUUUGUCACCAUCUUGAAGAUGCACUCAACUCAGGGACAUCAAAAGGCUUUGUCGACCUGUGCUUCCCAUCUUGCGGCUGUCUCCAUUUUCUAUGGGACGGUCAUCUUCAUGUACUUACAGCCCAGCUCUAGCCAUUCCAUGGACACAGACAAAGUUGCCUCUGUGUUUUAUACUAUGGUCAUCCCCAUGCUGAACCCUGUGGUCUACAGUCUGAGAAACAAAGAGGUAAAGGGUGCCUUCAAUAAGAUGGUUGAGAAAGCAAAAUUUUCCAUGGGACUGUGA